GCCGUCUGGAGGUGCCGGGAGGCUCCGUGCGCCCUUUCCGCCCCGUCGCACGCUCGCCUGCCAUGAAAGUGGCCACCGCCGCAGCCCCCGCCGCGUCCCCCGGGCCCAGCUGCGCCCUCAAGGGCGUGCGCCUGGGCGGCGGGGCCGGGGAGCCGCUGUCGCGCUGCCUGUCGGAGCAGAGCGUGUCGCUGUCGCGGGCCGGCAGCCCGCCGCCCCCUCGGGGCUUGCCGCUGUGCCCGGAGCAAGCGGCCGCCGCCGCCUCGCUGCUGAUGGACAUGAGGGGCUGCUACUCGCGCCUGGCCGCCCUGGUGCCCACCCUGCCCCGCCACCGGCGCGUCUCCAAGGUGGAGAUCCUCCAGCACGUCAUCGACUACAUCUGGGACCUCCAACUGGAGCUCCAGCACCCGCUGGGCGCCGGGCCGCCCCCGUCGAGAGGCGCCCCGGAGGCGGCCGGAGCCGGGCCCGAGGCUGCCUGUGUGAGCUCUGACGACCGAAUCCUGUGUCGCUGAGAGCUGGUCUGAGAUUGCAGAAGAGAAACCCUCCAGAAAGAAACAACUGUCUCAUUGCCCCACCAGUGGUGGGGGGAUAGGAGAGCCUGGUUGUAGAUGGGCUGCGCCCCCUGUGCCCCCCACCCUUUCUCCUGGCCUGGACUUGAUCCGCUAUAGACUCUGUACUGAAGGGGAGAGAAAUGGCUGCCUAGCUUGCCUCCCUCUAUAGGGGUGGGGUGUGCCUGUCUGGAACCCAGGACCGAGGAACCAACAGAAGAGAACCAGAAGUGGCCUUGUAGCAAAAGCCCUUUGAGUGGCUUAAUGCUUAUGGACUUGACUGUCACCCGUCACUGGUCGAAUGCUUGUGUUUUUUGUUUUUUUUUUAAAAAGCGGGAUGUUAUAACCCUCCAUUUACUUCUCAGAUUUCUGAGAAUCAACUUUGUAUUGUAUAUUACAAUGACAUGUUUUCUGGAAAUAUUGUUCUACAAUAGCUUGGGUUUUUGUUAUUAAACAAAUGCAUAUUG